UAGGUCAGUUUUGAUUGAAGGUUAUGUGUGAUUCAUAUGAAUGUGAAAUUGCAGUAAAAAAUUGUAGAAGUGGCCGAGGUUUUUUCUUUUUUGUGAAUAUUGAUGAAGUAGUGUUUUUAAAUCUGGUUGUGAUUACUGUGUCUUUUGCAGUAGCUGAAAUUUUUGAAUGUCUUGAAAUUAUACAUAUUGCUUUUGUUGAAUAUGUCAAGAGUGUAGUUUGUACAGGUGAUGAAGUGCAUAUGCUUUGAAAUAUAUUUGAUUUCUGACCUUGAUUGAACUACCACUAUGGUUUGGUUAAUAAUACUGUUAGUUACAAUUUAUGGUAAGUAAGCUGCACCGCAAACCAACCAUAAAGCUAUUAAUCUUGAACACCCAUUUGCAUGUCACAAGUUGAUAGUAUGAGCUCAAAAGUUUUGAUUUUGAGGCUGUGUUACCUGUUUGAUGCAAUGCCUGAGAGAAAUGAAGCUUCUUGGAGUAUAAUGAUAUUAUUGGUUUUGUAUUUGGGUGUUAUAAGGUUUUUUAUGAAGGCAAGAUUUGAGGGGUUUGGGGCUGAUUGUUACUUCAACUUUUGGUGAAAAUUCUGUCCAGCUUUCGGGUCUUUUUAUCAGGGGCAAGAUUUCUCAAGGAGAUGCAAGAAAUACUUUGGAACUACAAAAUUCUGGUCAUUUAAGCUGCCCAACUAGUGGGGGUGAACCAGACAAGAACUCCUCAUUCAUUAUUGACAAUAUGAUCCCUCUCUAAUUAGCACUCCGAGAAGCAGCUGUGAUUUCGUCCCAUUUCAAGUUCAGAUGCCGGGUCUGGCUUAGGAUUCAGUGCAAAAUAUAAAUGAGAUGCCAAGAGAUGAUCUGAAAGAGUAGGGCCUAGAUGAUCAAAAAGGAAUAAGGAUGCAGACUCUACACAUGGUGUAGUAUACAACAAGCUAGAAAUGUGUUGCGUUCCAGUGUUGAAUUUACUGGUUUUGCUAAGAAAUGUAUUAGCAAGUAGAAUGGAAAAAGUUAGCCAAAAUAAGGAGUACGAAGAAGGAAUAAUAUCAAUCUUGUCUGUUUCAUUUCUCUUGUCCUUGGUUUUAAUUGGUUUGUUUGGUUUCCAUUAUACAUAUUAUUCUGAAUUUGAUGUUGAACUACUUUUAAAUGAUUUAAGAGCAGAAUGGAAAUGAGAUGCUAGAAGGGCCAGAUGAUUAUAAAGAGACGGGGCUAGAUGAUCAAAAACAGGUAGUCAUCACAGGGGGGGUUGUGGUGGAUACAGACUCUACAGUUGGUGCGAUAUUUGUCAAUGAUAAGUAAGCUGAAGAAGGGCGGGAGUAUGAAUAAUUCAGGAAACCCAUCAGCCUAAAAGAAAGUGGUUGGGGCAGGCUGAAAAUACCAACUUUUUGGAACUUUCAUUGCUUGCGAAAGAGCAUGGGAAAAAUAAUGUUUCAUUUCUUUGCCUAUUAAUGUCGGCUCUUAAACAUGUGCUAGUAUUAUCAAGGAGAAGAUGGUUGCUCCAGUCUCUUUAAACAAGCGUCUACUUGGAGUGGGGACGUUUCUAAAAGUUGUUCUACACAUUAAGGAAACUAGUGAAAUGCGUACAACAAAAAUUAACCAAAAAGCUGCUGAACCUUUGGCUGAUCCUGAAGAUUAUCCAAAUUUGUUUGAGGAUUGGCAACUUGCACUUGGUAUUGAAUCAAAAGUUGCAGAAAUAAGGAAUACUAUUCCUCCUGCUGCGAAGUAUGUAAAUCACAUGCAUAAAUCAAAUGUCAAUCGUCUGGAAGCAUUUAGAAACAUGUAUGUGGACGAAGAGGAACCACAUCAAAAUGGUGACUUAGAUCAUGAGUAGUAGUAUUCCUCUUGCUGCGGAGUAUAUAGACCAUAUCCAUAAAUCAAAUGCCAAUCUUGUGAAAGCAUUUAGAAACAUUCAUGUGGACGAGGAGGAACCACAUCAAGAUGGUGGCUUAGAUAACGAGGUGUGAAAAUAUGAAAUAUUGAGAACACUUGCAAGAAGCUCAAAUUUUUAUUAGGUCUGAUGUGUGUCUCAAGAUUAUACAGAGCUUAUUUGAGUCUUUGGUUUCAUCAUCUACUUGAUUUCAUGAAGUUUAUUAUUUCCAAUACUUCCCUCUUUAGUAAACACUCGCUUACGAGGGUUCUGCAAUUGUUAGUUGUGUUUCUUGAAUGUUGCACUUUCCUGUGGUAAAGUCUUCAUUUUGCCUAGGCAAUUUAUUAGCAAGAACAAAGGGGAGAGUUAGCAAAAAAGGGUACAAGGACAGACAUCUACUCUCUGCGACCCCCUAAAUUGUACUCUGUCCGUCUCAGGAUGUUUACGGAUGUUUAAGUUCAGUGUUUACAUGUAUUUUGAA